AUGAAAAUUCCUGAUCGUGCCGAGGAUACUGAUCAACAUUUUGACCCGGCGGAUAUGAAAAAGUUGAAAAAUGUUGCAAGUUGCUUGAUGGGUGAUCUGGCAGGCUUGGUCCAGUUUACCAAGGAGGUUGUCAGCUCAGAUGAUCUGAAGGUUGUUCGUGAGGGAUCAUGCUUCCGUCUUGUCCCAGGUAUUGGCGUUCCCACGUUGGCAAGACUUAGUGAUGCUUCUUUGGGAGAUGAAGUAUAA